GUCCCGUCUUCUCCCACCCUACUAUAAUGGAAAAAGUGGUAAUUCCCAAGAUUAUGUGAUUGACAGUCGACGAUGUAGAUGAGAUAUGAAAACAAAAGAAAACCCAAUUAAAAUUUCCAUAUCGACUGCUUAAAAGCACAAGUCACUUUCGUUUUUGCAUCACUCCGCAUUUUUAUUUGAAGCAAUAAAACUUACUCAGUAUAACCGUCAAAGUUUACAACAUGGCAAAAUCAGUUAUGUUGGCAAUACUGUUGAUUACAAUUACGUUGAUUUUAACCGAAGGAAAAGCUAUUUCGGCAGUUGACGAUCAACUGGGUGCAAAGCAGCAGCAACAGAAAUUGCUUGAUGGUGUCACAGCUUAUCUUUUAAACGAUCUCAAUUUAGCGAAAGACGACCAGCAAAAAGUACAACUUUCGAAUGAUAAAAAGGGUCAUCUAGUCGUGCCGGGAAUUUUAAAAAAGCAAGCUUCAUUACCAUCAGUUGAACCCUCUGGUCAAGAAUUAUAUCGCAUUCUUCUGCAGAAACUCGUUGAUUGAUGAGAGAAAGAAUGAACACCAGCAAUUUCUCAUCGCUUUUCUUUUUUGUAUUGUUUAUUUGUAAGCAUGAUAGCGUAAAAUUAAAAGAAGUGUGUUGGUCAAUAACAGUCAUUAUUUUGAUGUGAAUAGCACGAUAGUUUAACUAUCUCUGGUUUAAUACUACAGCAGCAAUUGGCACGUUGGACUAUAUUAUAACUUAGCUUGUAUAUAUGCCCUUUUAGUUUUUGGUCGUACAUCAAUAAAUGUAACUUGCGUUAACUACAGUCGUCACAACUCAAGUGUUUUGUUUUACACACCUCGUACCAGCUUACGAGUUACCACUAAUGUUUCUUCGUGGGUGUUUGUGGGCUUGUGGUAUCACAAAAAGGAUCAAAAAUGGUCGUUGAAGGCUGCGUUCUGUAUACUAUAUACUACAAUCACGUUGGUCAGUUUUUAUCGCUAAGCUGGAUAUAAUUGUAUUCGGGGUAAAAUUUAAGUUGUUUAGCGUUUUAUUUGAUUUAAAAAGCGAUUUAGAACAGCAAAAUGAAUUAAUCGAAGAGACAAAUAAAAUGAUUAGAAUUAUAAUUGGUAUAUUACAAUUUGCAGGUAUGUAGAAAGUAGAACCACAUGAUAUAACAAAACGCAAAAGUCCAAAAUAAAAAGAAAAAGUUGCUUUAACAACUAAACUGCUGUGCACAUUAAAUGUUGAAAGGAUGUCAGAUUUUAUACCAAUUGUGUCAAAUUCCCCCCCACCAAUCGAUAUCACGGACGAUGAAGAUGAUUUCACCGAUUUUCGAGCUGCAAAUGAUCACUGGGAGAGCGAUGAGGACCUAAACUCAAUCCCUCCUCCAAUGCCGGAUGUAAGUGACUCUGAUUUUGACUCGCCAGUGAAAAAAAUCCUCCCAAACUCUUUCCCCGAAGUUCUAACAGAAAACGGUGAGAGUUUUAAAAGUUCUGACGUGACGGUAGUGGAUGAUAAUGAUAAAAAACCGGAGAGUUUUAUUUUCGCUGACCCACAUACCUUUAAAGAGUCAAAAAUAAAGCAAAAUGGUGAGGUUUUAUCAAUAGUGGACACAAUAGAAUCCAGUGUUUGUGCAGUGAACAGUAUUCAAGAAACAAAUGAACACAUGGAAAAAUAUGAACCUGAAAGUACAGAAAUUAGUCCUGACUCUGACCAAUACAAUGUCAACAGCACUGACCAAUCUGAAGCAACUUUAGAAAAUACUCAGCAGGUACCACAACACACAGGUAGUGAUACAGAUUUUGGUGACUUUGGGGCAUUUAAAGACGCAACACAUAAUGUGGAAAGUUCAAUUUCUACAAUAAAUGUAGAACCUGAUAUCUCUGUUUCUUCUGAAAUUGAUAAUAGUGAAGAAGUGGGUAAUGUUGGUACCUUGGACAAAGAAAAGUCGAUUACUAAUAUUGAAGCUGAAAGUUCUGUUGAGCAAUUUGAUAAUGAUCAGCCAGAAGUGCCUAGAGAGUCUGCACCUACUACCGUUAUUAAAGACAUUACUUCGGAGGCAGAUUGUGAAGAUGAAAAUCUCGAAACAUCUGCAAACACGGAUGACCCAAAGACAAACACAUGUCAUGGUACUGACUAUAGUGUUAACCAGAACGAGAAGCCGGAUAAUUUAAUUUCUAAUGAAGACGAAUUUGUUUCUAAGGAAAACAGCGACACAUUUGUGACAAAUGAUAAAGAAACUGAAAAGGUUUCUCAAAAUUCAGAAUCUGUCGAAGAGUUUUCCAAAGUUUCUGAAGACUUUGUAGAAACUGAAGACAACUUUGCGAAUUUUCAAAUAGCCCCAACAAUUGCUGAGAAAACCGAGAGUGAUAAUGACGAUUUUAAUGACUUUGCAAACUUUGAAAGUUUUCCUACUGGUUCCGAAGCGCCAGUUGCUGCGAACAAUUCAUUUAAUGCUUUUGAUGAAAACACUACCAACGCCCCUGAAUUUGUAAAUGAAAGUAAUGAUUUUGCGGCCUUUGCAUCACCAACGAAUCAAGACUUUUCUGAAACCAAUGAAAUAGAAAACCCAACAGACAACGAUGACUUUGGAGACUUUGGGUCUGCAGAAAACCAAUAUUUUAAAGCGGAAUUUGAAAAUUCUGGUACAGAAGACAGAAGUACUGAUGAUGGGAAUGACUUUGGGGAUUUUGGUUCAUUUGAAGAAAACACAUUUCCCGCUGCAGUUACGUUGAAAGAAAUCAGUGUGUCUUUAAAAGAAAGUUUGGAUCUCGUGUUCAAGGAGGUUUCCAAUUUAAAGCUUUGGUUUCCCGUCCAAGAAAAAAGCACUGGCAACACUGAAGAAGAUACUGACACAGGAAACACUGCAGUCAUCAAACAAGUGCAUGAUCAUAUUGAAGAUGACAUAUUGGAUAUUUAUGUUCAAGACUCCCCUGUUACGAACAACAACUCAGUAAACAAGCCUUCUGCGCUGUGGGAUUUGCUAGAAGACGUUGACAAUGCAAUUGCAUUAAAGUUCCAAUGGAAUGGUUCCGACCACAAUCGCAGACUUAUAGAGUCUCUAGGCAUCAAGACACAGAAUAUCCUUUUUAGCGGAACUGCAAAGCCCUACUAUGUCCCAACAUAUGCAUCUGGUUUGGGUUUAUUGGAGCCUUCCAAAGAGUUAAAACCGGUUUCAGCAGCUGAAAAAAUAACCGCAAUCUCUCCCACUGACAAAGUAGCUCCUGUUGAUGGUGAUGCGGUUUGGGAAACAGAAACAGGAGGUAGCAAGCACGUAGUCACUGAUGCAUGUCAUACUGGUGUCGGGGGUGUAGCGACAUCUAGUGUGCUCGAUUCCUGUAGUUUAGAUCUUGAUUUUUUCGACAAACCUUCGCCCAAUGCAUCUUCACACAAAAACAAAUCAGAUCAAGACAAAAUUGAUCCCGAGCUCCUCCAGCUCGCGAUGAAGGUGACUCCGGACACAAAUCCUAAGAAACCAGAUCCUCUUUCGAAGAUCCUCGCAUCCCUUGGAGUUGCCUCAUCCCGGAAAACAAUGAAUGCAGAGGAGGAUGAGGACAUCAGUGAAGAAGGAAGAAAAGUCCUCCAAAAACUUCCAGACCUUUCCUUUAUGCGAUCGACUGUCCUUAUGUUUCCAUUGCAAAGUAAAAUAUCAACCACGGAUUAAACCUAUUUUUUAAAAUGUUUUUUCUCACUUUUUUCACGUUUUUUUCGACAAAAAUAUUUUUUUCCACUUUUUUUAACAUUUUUUCCACAAAAAUGUUUUUUCUCCUUUUUUAGUUAAAAUAAGUUUACAUAGCAACAUACACCAUAUCAAUGAAAAUAACUUCUAUUAUGCCACUUGCCCAAAAAUAUGAACUAAAUAAUGUUAAAUUAUAAAACCCCCUAUUUUUAUUCUGGCAUUUAAUCUAAAACAAAAUGGAAAAAAUAGUGCUAACUAAAUUAUAUAACUACAUAUAUGCGUUUCUGUAUUUUUUAGAUCAGGCACAAUUUUCACGUCAAGUGAAAUUCCCUAAACCAACAUGUAAUAACUAGUCUAUUUCCCAGUAAGCAAAAGCCUACAACGCAAUACCCUUGCAUUUUUAGUUCUCAUAUUCCUCAAUUAGCUAGGUACUGUAUUGUCAUUUUAUAAUUUUACGUUUGAAUAUUUUAUUCCCUAUUUUAGUGUUAGUUAUUCUUUUCGUCAGUAGGUGUCAUUUUCAUGGUCAGUACUUCUCCAAAUGUCUGUAACUAGGAGUGGUUUAAUUAUAUACAAUGAUUUUAAAGCAACAGUUAUGCUUUAUUGAGCAUGUAGUGUAACUACACGACGGGAUGUAUUUUUCUUUGACAAAGCAAAUUUAAUAUUUUAUGUCAGCCGAAUUCUGCUCACAGUCUGUGUAAUGUAACUCAACUUUUAAAAAUAGCUGUGUGCUUUCAAUGCCAGUAUAUGAAGGAAAUGGCAACGGACCAAAUGUUUUUCAUAUUUAACAAAUUUCUUUAUAAUUCAAUCUACAGCAACCAUUGUGCAAUUAUACUUCUCUGUUCAAGUGAAAAUUUUACAUAUUUCUUGUGUUCGUUGUAUUUUUAUUUGUUUUUACAUCCAAUUUACAGCAACCGAAUAGUAAAGCAUCCAAAGAUGCACAACAAUUGAAAUAUUAAUUUUUUAAUGAAACUGGAAAAAAAUCUUAUUUUUUUUAAUCAUUAAUUUUUUCGGAUUCUCUUAAUUUAACUUCAAUUUAAAAAUCUGACACACUGUGCGUUUUAAAAAUUAUGGUAUCGAACUAACACUUUAAUUGAAAUAUUAUCAUUAUUUAUUUGCCUGUCCACAUUUAUACUUCUAUUUUAAUUGUUAAAUGGUUUUGGAGUAGGGUGAUUUUGUAAUUGCAUUUUUUCUAGAUAGCAGUGGUAAACGUUUGAGCUGCUACCUAGCGUAAGAAUUUGCACGUAUAUUUUUAAAACGACACACUGCUUACUGGUAGUUUGGCCUCAUUGUACUUGCGUGUCCUAUGAAUACAUUUACAAUGGCCAUUAA